AUGGAAAAACUCUCGAGUGGCGACAGACUGCCCCCACCAUCUGCGGAUCUCUCUGUGUCAGAAGAUGAGGUCUGGCCCGAUCCGCCAGUGACUCCUUGGGCUCCCAUGCAUACUCAACCUCUACCUGAGAGUUCCGAGUCAGCAACCGAAAACAGCGAACCCUGGGGCAGUGCACAGCAACCAGAUGUGGAGGACAGCGGGUGCUCAUAUGUAGAGACAUUUCCUGGCCCUACAGGCACUCCGGUCGGGAGAGCACCAACGGACUAUCAGCAACAUGCCGAGUGGCAAAAGCAAAACCAACUGGAAUCAUGGUAUCCAUUCGCAUCUCAGGAUGAGUGGGAAUUGGGCCGCUGGUUAAUAAGAUCCGGUUGCAGCACUGAAAGGAUUGACGAGUUCUUGAGAUUGAAUAUGGUGAGUCUCGUCGCAGAUGUUGUGAGCCCUGUGCGAGCUGAUUCCUUGCAGAUGCGUAGCCGUAUGAGGCCUGCAUUCAAAAACACCAGAGCGUUGCACAAACGCGUCGAUCUGCUGCCCGAGUCUUCACCUUGGUUUUUCAAGCCCCUCAAAGUCACAGGAAACCUCAAGGACCACCACAACAAGUAUUUGGAGGAGGACUUGGAGUUGUGGUAUCGCAACCCUGUGGAUUGUAUAGCAGAAUUACUCCAAAAUCCCGCCCUGGACGGACGGUUAGGUUUUGAACCACGACGCGUGUAUCGCUACCCCAAUUCGAUGGAUCGUGAAUACAACGAGAUGUGGAGUUGCGACUGGUGGUGGGAAAGACAGAAGUUACUGCCUGAGGGUGCCACCGUGUGCCCUGUCAUUAUAUCGUCUGAUAAGACCCAUUUGACGAACUUCUCGGGUGACAAACAGGCAUGGCUGGUAUACAUAAGUGUCGGUAAUAUACCGAAAGAGCUCCGUCGCAGUCCCUCGGCCAAGGCAAUGGUUCUGCUAGGCUAUCUCCCAGUCGCUAAAUUCGCAUGUUUUGAUGAGGCCCGCCAGGCUGUGGAAAAGUAUCAAUUAUUCCAUCGCUGUAUGCGUAUCAUCAUGGAACCUCUGAUUAAAGCUGGGCAAGAAGGAGUCCAAUUGCAGUGCGCAGACGGUUAUGUGCGCCUCUGUUUCCUGAUCCUCGCUGCCUAUAUUGCAGAUUACCCGGAGCAAUGUCUAGUCACUUGCAUCCGAGAGAACUCGUGCCCGCGUUGUCUUGUUCUGCCGAAGCAAAGAGGCGAAUACAUGGACAGACCCCCAUUACGCACGCCCGACCAUACUUUGGAGGUCCUCGACGACACCGCCCAGGGCAACAAGCACCCGGACUUCAAGAAAUAUAACUUGAGAUUGGUGGAUCCGUUCUGGCGUGAUUUGCCUUUCUGUGAUAUCUUCGAGGCCAUUAUGCCAGACCUUUUGCAUCAGUUGCACAAAGGUAUUUUCAAAGAUCACAUCUGUAAUUGGGCGGGUCAGGCUUUGGAAAUCGCAACAGGGCCAGGAGAAAUGGACGAACGCUUUAAAGCCAUGAGUUUGCACCCAGAUGUACGGCAUUUUGACGCUGGCAUCACGCACACAACCCAAUGGACGGGGAAAGAGCACAAGGCAAUGGAAAAGGUUUUGUUGGGUAUCCUAGAAGGCGCCGUCAAUGAUCGUGUCAUCCUCUGCGCCCGGGCAUUGCUUGAUUUCAUAUAUUACGCCUCCUUCGAGACCCACAGCGACAAGUCUUUGCGUAUGUUAGACAAGUCUUGGCUAUGUUUCCACCAAAACAAGAACAUAUUCGUAGAGCUGGAGCUCCGCAAGCACUUCAAUAUCAGCAAACUACAUAAUAUUCGGCAUUAUGUGGAUGCGAUUCGUUCAUUUGGCACCUUGGAUGGAUUCAACACCGAGAACACGGAACGUCUGCACAUUGAUUUGGCCAAGGUCGCAUAUCGGGCUUCUAACAAGCAGAACUACGUCCCACAAAUGAUAGGGUGGCUGCGCCGACGGGAGAACAUACACAAGAACACGAUUUACUUGCACUGGAGGACGCAAUGGACGGAGGAGCAUAAUGAGGAGUCAGACACCGAGGAUGAGGAUGACGCAGGCGAGGAUGAGGAGGAUGAUGACGUGGACCAGGUAGAGGUGGGUGAGGUUGCGGGAGCCAAGGAGGUAGUUCAUCGUGUGGCCUUGCGAGCACCACUGCCCGCGGUGCCCCUGCGCACGCUUGUGCAUGAGUAUGGGGCAGAGCAACUGUUGUCGGAACUCAAUUACUAUCUGGAGGAUGUAGGUUCGCAGUACAAGGCCUCAAUUUCUAGCACGUUCGCCGUGUAUCCGCGCGCCAGGCUGACCUUGCCUGUCAUACCUGAGGUCGGGACGGAACCAGUCAGAGACGCGCUGUCGGCGACCCCCGCCGUGCCCGCGCGACAUACCCCACAGGGAACCAAGCGAGCUGUACCACCCAAAUUCACCACGGCACUUUUCAAAACAGCAUCUACCGAUGUCAACAAAGGCCCGUUAGAUGGUCUAGCUGUUGGUCAGAUCCGUUUAAUCUUCGAUAGCCCACGCACUACCUCAGACACGACCAAGACCCCUUUGCUGUAUGUCCGUUGGUUCAAGCCCCUCCGUUUGCCGCAGACAGAAGCAGGGCUCUGCGAAACAUCAUGGUCCUCGCGACACGGAGCUACGCGGGCCACUGUAGUGCCUUUGACAGACGUCGUACGAAGCUGCCAUCUCAUGCCUCUGUUUGGGCGCCAUAUAGCCAAGGAGUUGGGGUGGCAGGCAAUUGACGUACUACACCAAGCACCCAAGGUUGCUCUGAAUCCUUAUCUUCGUUUGUAUGACUUCUAUUGGUUUCGGUAUAAGUUAUCUAUGCAUGAAGAGGAGGCGUCGCCGGAUCGAAAGGCGACUUUUGGUAAGAAACGCAAGCGUUGA